AUGUCAAACAAUUCAGAUUUGGUUCAAAUUAGACCAUUAGGUCAUACAAAGUUAUUCCAACCAAUUAAAGUUGGUACUCACACUUUACCUCAACGUAUUGCUUUUGCACCUUCAACUAGACAACGUGGUACUAGCGAUUACUACCCUACAGAUUUACAAUUACCUUACUAUAAAGCUAGAGGACAAUACCCUGGAACUUUGGUCAUCACUGAAGCCACCUAUGUUUCUCCUGGGGGAGCUGGAAGAGCCAAUGUCCCUGGUAUUUGGAACGACAAACAAGCUGCGGGAUGGAAAAAGAUCACUGAUGCAAUUAGAGAGGAAAAAUCGUAUUCCAGUGUUCAAUUGUGGCAUUUGGGAAGGACAGCUGACCCAGCACAAUUGAAACACGACGGACAACCAUUUAUUGCUCCUUCGCCAGUCUAUAUGGAUAAAGACUCAGAAGAGCAAGCCAAGAAAGUUGGCAACGAAUUAAGAGCAGCAACUAAAGAGGAGCUUGAAGAUUUGAUCAACAAUGUAUACCCAAACGGCGCUAGAAAGGCAUUAGAGGCAGGGUUUGAUUAUGUCGAAUUGCAUUCUGCUCACGGAUACUUUUUGGAUCAAUUUUUGAACCAAGGUACUAACCAUAGAACUGAUGAGUACGGUGGAUCCGUUGAAAAUCGUGCCCGUUUGUUGUUGGCAAUUAUUGACAAAUUGAUCCCUAUUGUGGGAGCAAACAGAUUAGCAGUUAGAUUGUCACCAUGGGCCACUUUCCAACUCAAAGAAUUCGACGGUGAAGAAGUCCAUGCUUACAUUCUCAAAGAAUUACAAAAACGUGCCGACGCAGGAAAUGAAUUGGCAUAUAUCUCGUUGGUGGAGCCUAGAGUGUCUGCAAGUUAUGACGUUGCUGCUCAUGACCAAAAGGGAAGUAAUGCAUUUGCAGAAAAGAUUUGGAAAGGAAAAUUUGUCAAAGCCGGUAACUACACUUAUGAUGCUCCCAAAUUUGAAACUUUGUUGCAUGAUUUAGACAAUGAUCGCACUUUGAUUGCGUUCUCGAGGUUUUUCACUUCGAACCCUGAUUUGGUUUAUCGAUUGAAGAAUGGGGUAGCUUUACAACAUUAUGACAGACCAACCUUUUACACUCAUGAUAAUUAUGGAUACAAUACUUGGAACCAACAUGAUGGAAAUAAACAGUUUGACAAAGAGGUUGAACAAAAGAGAGUUGGUAAGGUUUUAGCUUAA